UCCUCUUGUGCCGACUCGCAUUGGGCACAGACUGACACCGGAGGUUUGUGUUGCUGAAACAGUGAAGAAGAACAAGAGGAAGGAGAGAGAGAGAGGGAGAGAGAUAGAGCGAAAGAAGAGAGGGAACCGGACCGUCGCGGACCGAAACUCACCAGGUAUGGCGGCGGUGUUGCCGAGGACCCUGGGUGAGCUGCAGCUCUACCGCAUCCUGCAGCGGGCCAACCUGCUGUACUACUACGAGGCCUUCAUCCAGCAGGGCGGCGACGACGUGCAGCAGCUGUGCGAGGCCGGCGAGGAGGAGUUCCUGGAGAUCAUGGCCCUCGUCGGCAUGGCCAGCAAGCCGCUGCACGUGCGCCGCCUGCAGAAGGCGCUGCGCGACUGGGUCACCAACCCGGCCAUCUUCAACCAGCCGCUCACCUCGCUGCCCGUCUGCAGCAUCCCCGUCUACAAGCUGCCCGAAGGCUCCCCCACGCUGCUGGGCGCCCAGGACCGCGCCAACACGGCCAGCGUCAAGAUGCCCAAGGCCGUGGCGGCGGCGUGCUCCGACCCGGGCAAGCUGGACGUGGCGAGGGAGAAGGUGUCGGCCGGCUCGCCCCUGCAGGGCAGCAGCGAGGCGCGCUUCUGGUCGGGCCACAGCAACGACAGCGAGCACAGCCUGUCGCCGUCCGACCUGGGCUCCCCGUCCUCGCCCAGAGACGCCUUGGAGGCUCUGGACGCCACCGCCGUGCAGUCCGUCCUGGAGUGCGUGGACAGGAUGGCGCCCGGACUCCCCAAGACCGACCUGGCCGAGGUCAAGGAGCAGCUGAAGAACAACAAGAAGCUGGCCAAGAUGGUGGGACACAUCUUCGACAUGAGCGACGACGACCCGCGGAGGGAGGAGGAGAUCCGCAAGUACAGCGCCAUCUACGGACGCUUCGACUCCAAGAGGCGGGACGGGAAACACCUGACGCUGCACGAGCUGACGGUGAACGAGGCGGCGGCGCAGCUCUGCAUGAGGGACACGGCGCUGCUGACGCGCCGGGACGAGCUGUUCGGACUCGCCCGGCAGAUCUCCAGAGAGGUCACCUACAAGUACACCUACCGCACCAGCAAGUCUCGCUGCGGAGACAGAGACGAGCCGUCCCCGAAAAGGAUCAAAACAGAGGAGAACUUCUUCGACAUCCAGGAGGCGCUGCAGGCCAUCCAGAUGAGGCAGGAGAUGCUCCGAGAGCAGCUGGCCUGCGCCAAGUCCAAAGGAGAAGAAACGGUGGGGAGGAAUCUGCAGAUGCAGCUGGAGCGCCUGCUGGCGAGGCAGAUGGAGAUCUUGCAGGACGCCGCCGUCCAGGAGCGGCUGCAGGCGCUGGACUGGAGGAUCCCGCCCGCCGCCUUGAAGUACCUCAACGACGCCCAGAACACCAACGGAGCCGACGCCGGCAGGGACGGCCAAGACGAGCGGCCGAUCAACCUGCGAGUGGUCAGCCAGAGCAUGCAGGAGGGAGACCUGCCGCUGGGGAAGCAGCUGGCCAACGAGCUGAAGCGCCAUCACAACCACAACAGCAACCACAACAACAACAACCACCACCACAGCAACAGCAGCAACAACAACAGCAGCAGCAGCACAGAUGAGACCAAAACACCAGCAACAGAAAACGGGACGUCGCAGCGAGCGUCAGAGAAGAAGACCAUCAAGUCAGAGCCAGAAGACUCAACAUAGUGCCUCCCGCCUCCCCCCCAUCCACCCCCCCCAACCGGACCCACUCCACCCGACUCACACCUGACAGUAUGCAGUUAUUACCCGUCAAUAGAUACUAAGCAAGAACCGCCACAGUAGAGCCUUAACAACCAACGUUGCCUCAUGAAUAGCAUUUAUUUUCUCUUUCUUUGUUUUGAAUCUGCCAAAGCACCUGGAGAGCGCGCGGAGGCGCCCCUCGCCGCGCCGCCGGUCUCUGUGUGUUGUCGACUGACGGAACGCGUUGGACGUACGUGUAAUUUAAGAGCGGACGUUUGUUUCCUGUCCGUCCCUCCUCCCCGGGCCUCCGUGGCGUUGCUUCGUCGUCGCGUCGGGGGCUGAGUCUCAACUCGCGGCGUAGAUUCCGAACUGUUCCUCAUCUGCUUCUGCAUCGACGGACACCGAAAACACCCGAGCGUCGCGCGAACGCGACGCAUUCCCACGUCAGCGAGGACCGGCACAGAAUAUUGCAUUGACAAUCAUGAUUACCAAACAGUGUAAUGAGAUUACUUUGGUAGCCCUGCCGUCUUCACCACGUUGGGAGUUGAAGGUGAAACCAUUCCCACCGAUCCGCCGCAUGUCAACUACUGAUCUUCCCAUCAGCCCCUGCGGUUUGUUUUGUCAUGAUUAACUGUGAAGUGACCUGCAGAAACGCAUCGACUUUCCAUCAUAACGAGCGACGGGGAAGCGUGAGGUGUGUGUGUGUGUGUGUGUGUGUGUGUGUGUGUGUGUGUGUGUGAGAUGCAGUUGAGACACGCCUUUUAAAUCAUGUCAUCUCUUCCAACAAAUCUGGCGUUGAAAACACUCACCGUACCGACAUUUACAUUGAUGUUUCCCGUUGUGAACGACACGCCUCAGUUUAACGCUGCGCGUGACGAGGGUCACUCGUCACGCCUCUCCCGUCUCCGCCUGCCUCUGUACUGUAACUUCAAGCGAAAGGCGUUCGUACUGUAGGGAGACCGAGUUAAGACGCAGCCCCCCCCCCCACCCCCGUAGCAGGUUGUUCCCUUUCUUUUUCUUCUGGUUGCCGUUCGCUUCAGAACAGGAGCGGUGGGACCGCUCGCUCCCUCCCUCCCUCCCUCCCUCGCCGCUCUCGUCUUGUGUAUAUUUAUGGGAGGUAAUUUAAGAAGAGGAUGUAUAGGAGCUGUUGAGGAAGAGCAGCAGGGGACCCCUGUCAUCC